AUGAAUAUUCAACUUAUAACUUCUGGAAUAAAAAAUUUAGCGUUUGAACAACGUUUAAUAGAAUUAUUAGGAGUACUUCCUAGUUCUUCUCUUAUUUCUGAAUUAAUGAUUUUAGGCUUUGAAUAUGCUUUAAAAUAUCCUCUUUCUUUAAAUUUAGAAAGUACCAGAGGAUAUUCAUAUUUAGCUCCUUUAUUACGUAACCGAACAUACUUAAAAAAUACUUUUUUUUCUACAGAUAGUUAUUCAGUAUCUAAAAAACAAGAUACUUUACUAGGUACUAUUAGUAAUCGUGCAUAUUUGAAAUUUUUUGACUUAAUUAAUUCUUAUAAAGAUACAAAUCCAUUAGCAAGUUCCUUACAUAUAAUGGCAAAUACGGGAGCUAGAGCUAAUUGGGAUCAAAUUCGUCAAUUAAUUGGAUUUAGAGGUUAUUUAUCUAAUGCUAGAGGAUUUUUAUAUGAAAUUCCAGUAAUGCAAAGUUUUAAUAGAGGAUUAAAUACAUAUGAAUAUUUUUUAUCUUCUUAUGGAGCUCGUAAAGGAGUUAUAGAUACUGCAUUAAAAACUGCGGAUGCUGGAUAUUUAACUCGUCGGUUAGUUGAAAAUACCCAAGAGUUUAUUAUAAAAGAACGUUAUUGUGGAGUUAAAGAUAGUGUAUUAAUAAAUAUUAAUAUGUCUCCAGAAGGAGACUUUAAAUAUCCUUUAAAUUUAAUGCUUUGGGGUAAAACACUUGCUAAAAAUAUUAUUGAUACAAAAAAAGGUAAUAUUAUUUUAUCAAAAGGUACUAAAUUAGGGAUUAAUAUUAAUAAAUUAUUAUUUAAAUAUAAUAUAAAUAAAUUAUCAAUUGCUUCUACUAGUCUAUGUCUUGCAGGGCGUUCUAUCUGUAAUUCUUGUUAUGGAUUUAAAGGGGUAUUUGGUAGUUUAUUAGGAGAAAGUGUAGGAAUAAUUGGAGGAGAGGCUGUUGGAGAACCUGGUACUCAAAUGACUUUGCGUACUUUUCAUACAGGAGGUGUAUUUACAACUAGUUCUACU